GUCAAUCAUAGUGUUGGAGAAAUUGUGAUAUUAUUAAUCAAUUAUUUGUUAUUCUCAUUGAUCUUUAUAAUGUAUCUUUAAUUGAUGCUUUCCUUAAAGUUAAUCUCAUUAUAGAAUUAAGAAUGUUUCUUGUAUUGUUGAUUUACUUUGAUUCCUUUCUCAGAAGGCCUCACUGACAGAGAGUAGAAACAAAAUCUUCCUGCAGGUUUACCUCUUGGUGAAGAGCUCUGCUUCGGUUGAGUUGCUGGCCUCCAAUAAAACCAUCAUUGCUAAGAUCACUACAUAUUUUAUUAAUCUUUGUGCCUGGAAGGACAUUAUCUAGUACAGAAUGAUUGUGUGUUAGUUAGUGAAUAACAUUUGACGCUGUAGCUGUUUGCCCCCUCCCUCUAGAGCUACAGCGUCCUUGUGAUUAGGGAUCCUAGAAACAAUAAAAUAGAGGAGCAGACAAAAUGUGCUUCAGAGCGGUAGGAGAUUGUAACUGAAGCACAUCUCUGUCCGUUCUCCUCGCGAGUGAAAAAGAAUCUAACUCUUUUGUCUUUUCUGUCUUUGUUAAUGUAUGUUUAACAGGUGUUAACCCUAACACAUAGUGACUUUGACUGUGGUUUCUUUAGAUAAAAUCAUUCUGCAUCGCUUUCAUUAAGUGACUGUGAGAGGAUCAUCUUCACAGCAUGUCUUGUGACUCGGACCCUUACGUCUUCACCACCGACACCCUUCCCAGCGACCCUCGUUUCCUGCCUCCUCUUGCAAAUGGGCUCCUGGGCUGGAAGGUGUUCGACAGCAUCAUGCACAUGGGUGGUGUUUAUAAUGGGGAGGCUGGAGAUUGCCACAGAGCUGACGUUCCUUGCCCUCUGGCUGUGAAGAUUGAGACAGAGGAACCUGCCCAGCACAACUACACCCUGGACACCCACACAGGUAUUUUCUCCCACACUCUGAGCUCAGCCAGUGUGACUGCCUCGCAGUCUCUCUACUGUCACCGUUUUUAUGCCAACAUCUUGGUGAUGGAGGUUCUGUUGGAGCGCCAGGUGACCUCAGAGGAGCCAGUUAUAGUUAAUUUGGUCAGUUCAUUCGCCCCUCGGAGCAAAGACAUCCAGUUUGAGUCUUCUCCUGACUACAAAGGUGGAAGGCAUAUUCAAGGACAAACGGCUAAAGCUGAAUUCCCAGGCGGGGUCUGUCCCACAGUCCACCUGAUCUGGACCCCUGUGCCUUCCACUGUGUCGCUGCCACCAGAGCAGACAAAAGCUCGCUGGGGAUUCAUCCUGGUCGUGGCCAACAGCUUGGAAGCUGCCAAGUCCAGCUACGACGAGGCCCUGAACCUGAUGGCGACUGGAAACCUGCGACCAUCUCACGAGAAGGCCUGGAAGGAGUUGUGGUUGCAGAGCAAGGUGGCGGUCACGGGGUCUGAAACCCUCAGCAAAGCUGUUGUCGGCUGCAUGUUUUAUCUCCUGAGCGCCUUCCCAUCCAUCCAUGACACCUCCAGCUAUUUUGGUGGGUUGAGUCCAGGAGGGCUCUCUAACGGCGGGGACGGACAGGAUUACUGGGGUCAUGUUUUUUGGGAUCAGGAUGUUUGGAUGUAUCCAGGAAUUGCCCUGUUCUACCCCAAGCUCGCCCGAUCCGUGCUGGAGUACAGAGUUGGGACGAUAGACGGUGCAAAAGACAAUGCCCAGAAGCAAGGCUACAAGGGGCUGAAGUUCCCAUGGGAAAGUGCAGUGUCAGGGAGAGAGGUGUGUCCGGAUGACAUUUAUGGGAAACAAGAGAUUCACAUCAACGGAGAUGUUACACUGGCCUUCCAACACUAUCUCUACCUCACUGAGGAUCUGUCUAUGUUCAUGGAGGGAAGAGGAAGCGAGGUGAUUUUUGGGGUGGCUGAUUACUGGGUUUCCAGGGUCAAGUGGAACCCUGACGAUCAGAAAUAUCACCUGUUGGGUGUUAUGCCACCAGAUGAAUAUUACUACAACGUCAACAACUCAGUGUACACCAACACAGUGGCCAAACUCAGUCUGCAGUUUGCUGUCGAGUUGGCUGAUCUUCUCCAACACUCGGCUCCAAAAGAAUGGCAGGAAGUGGCCGAGCGUAUGGAAAUACCUUUUGACCAAGAGUUGCAGUACCAUCCGGAGUUUGAUGGCUACAGUAAAGGUCAGCCGGUGAAACAGGCAGACACAGUGAUGCUGGGGUAUCCCCUUGGCCUGGUGAUGCCUCCGGAAAUUAGGAGGACUGAUCUGGAAGCCUACGAGCCGGUCACGGACCCAAACGGACCAGCCAUGACGUGGGGUAUGUUUGCAAUAGGCUGGCUGGAGCUGGGCGAAGCAGAAAAAGCUCAACGCUUACUUGAAAAGUGCUUCAAGAACAUCCAGGGGCCGUUUCAGGUAUGGAGUGAAUCAUCAGAUGGCUCUGGGGCGGUGAAUUUCCUCACAGGUAUGGGAGGAUUUCUGCAGGCUGUGCUGUUUGGGUACACAGGUUUCAGAGUCCAGAAAGAAUGCUUGGCCUUUGCACCGCUGCUUCCGGAUGAGAUCUGUGAACUGUGUGUCCGUGGCAUCAACUAUCUGGGCAAUCAGAUGGACUGGCUGCUCAGGAAAGAUGAUGUCUGCGUCAUACUCAGAGAACAGACUGGCAGAGCUGGAAACACUAAUCCUCAUAAGCUGCAAGUUGUCCUGAAAGCAUCAGGAGCUAAAAUCCCUCUAAUGCCAGGACAGCCGGUCACUUUUCCUCGAGAAGCAGGCUGCAUCUGUAAAAUGGGUGCCCCGUCUUUCUGCUGGCCGCUUUGAAACAAGAGCCUUGUCACUCCUCCUCAUCAUUUCAAUCACAGACAAACAUGCAAAAUUACUAUGUCUGCGAUAUGUGUUGGAAUUUUCAACAGUGAACAUGAAAAAUUAUUGGUAAUAUUAUAAAGAAACAAUAAAACACUAUUUUGGACUCUU